UAGAUAGCUCAACUAUCGAGCACGACACCGGCCCAACUGAAGACAUACGGUAAGUAAUAAAGAAGUAUAUAGGUAGUCUCUAAGUCAGCCUGUUGGAUAUAACCCUCUACCCCCCUUUUCUUUCCCAUAUGGCUUUUCGCUUCCGAUCGCUUCCUCGACUCUUCCAGCCAGCGCUAGUCCGAGUCCAACCCACCACCGUAACCACCAUCCCUAGAUUAUUCCGUAGCCCCGUCCAGAUCCAAAUGGCGUCUAUUACGGCUCCGCCGCCGGGCAAAUGCGAAUGGCUUGUAGUUGUGCCCGACAAGCCGGGAACCCGAGAGAAGAGGCUGGAAGUGCGCGCCCAACACUUCGAAGGCCUGAAGCCGUACGUCGAGUCCAAGCAGUUCAAGACUGGAGGCGCUGUCUUGAACGACAAGCCCGAAAGCGAGGACCCCGCUACGUUCGACUGGUACGGCAGCACAAUAGUGCUUAUUGCCGAGUCGAAGGAAGAAGUUAGGGCUAUCCUUGAGAAAGACAUAUAUACCAGGACGGGAGUGUGGGAUACCGAGAAGGCUCUAAUAUUAGCGGCCAAGUAUGCGUUCAGGUUCCCCUGAUUUUCAGAUUCCGAAUGUUUAGACUAGACGCAUUAUAAACAUUGAAGUCUUCUAUGAUAUAUUCAAUUCAUGUCGAUAUUUAGAAUGUUGAUGGCUACAUUCAUUGUAGGCCUAUACCCGUUACUUGCACGUAUCUUG